AUGGCCUCCACCUCCGGCCUCGUAAUCGCCAUGGGCGCCGACGAAGCCGGCUGCGGCUACAAGAACAAAAUCAAAGCCGACCUCGAAGCCGACCCACGCGUCGCCGAAGUGAUCGACGUCGGCGUCAACGAAUCCUCCGAUAAAACCGCCUACCCUCACCCCGCCGUUGAUGCCGCGAAGCUCAUUGCGGCAGGGAAAGCUGAUCGCGGUCUCUUAAUUUGUGGUACGGGGUUGGGGGUUGCUAUCAGUGCGAAUAAAGUACCUGGAAUCAGGGCGGUGACGGCACACGAUAGCUUCAGUGUGGAGAGGGCGAUCUUGAGCAAUGAUGCGCAGGUGUUGUGUAUGGGCGAGAGAGUCAUUGGGAUUGAAUUGGCAAGACGGCUGGUGAAGGAGUGGAUUGGGUACAAGUUUGAUACGAGUUCGGCGAGUGCGCAGAAGGUGGAGGCGAUCAUGGAGCAUGAGAGGACGAAUUUUGGGUUGAGCAAGUGA